CACAUCACAUCCAUUGUGUGCACUAAACUGCACUCUACUAUUACCCCAGCAUACGCCAUGGCACAACUAAACACCUUUCUCCUCCGGGAGCUGGCAGUCGCCGUCGCUCUCUUUUAUAUCACUCGUUUUCUUAUCCGUUCUCUUCUUAGAAAACCAACCAAACCACUCCCUCCGGGACCAAAAGGCUGGCCGGUGGUGGGUGCGCUUCCCCUUCUGGGAUCCAUGCCGCAUGUUGCUUUGGCCAAGAUGGCCAAAAAAUAUGGGCCAGUUAUGUAUCUCAGGAUGGGUACGCUUAACAUGGUGGUCGCCUCCACCCCUGACGCCGCCAGAGCCUUUCUCAAAACCCUUGAUUUGAAUUUCUCUAAUCGUCCGCCUAAUGCCGGCGCCACCCAUAUUGCUUAUAACGCUCAGGACAUGGUGUUCGCAGACUACGGGCUGAGGUGGAAACUCCUGAGGAAACUCAGUAACCUCCACAUGCUCGGCGGGAAGGCCCUCGACGAUUGGGCACAGGUGCGAGCCGUGGAACUUGGUCACAUGCUUCGAGUCAUGUGUGACGCCAGCCGGAGGGAUGAGCCGGUGGUGGUGCCUGAGAUGUUGACUUACGCCAUGGCGAAUAUGAUCGGGCAAGUGAUUCUUAGCCGGCGUGUUUUUGUCACUAAAGGAUCAGAGUCAAAUGAGUUCAAAGACAUGGUGGUGGAGCUGAUGACCUCCGCCGGAUUUUUCAACAUCGGUGAUUUCAUUCCAUCCAUAGCUUGGAUGGAUUUGCAAGGGAUUGAGCGUGGGAUGAAGAAACUACACCGGAGAUGGGAUGUGUUGCUGACACAGAUGAUGAAGGAGCAUUCAGCCACAGCGCACGAGCGUCGGGGAAAACCUGAUUUUCUAGACAUUGUGAUGGCCAACGCCGACAGUAAAUCCGAUGAAGAAAAGCUUAGCUUGACUAACAUCAAGGCUCUCCUCUUGAAUUUAUUCACGGCGGGCACUGACACGUCAUCGAGCGUAAUCGAGUGGGCUUUGGCGGAGAUGCUGUUAAAUCCCAAUAUACUCAAGCGGGCCCACGAUGAGAUGGAUCAGGUGAUUGGACGAAAUCGACGGCUGGAAGAGUCUGAUAUACCCAAGCUUUCGUACCUUCAAGCUAUAUGCAAGGAAACCUUCAGGAAACACCCUUCGACUCCGCUAAACCUGCCACGUGUCUCAACGGAAGCCUGCGAGAUAAACGGUUACUACAUCCCCGCGAAAACCAGGCUCAGCGUUAACAUCUGGGCAAUCGGGCGUGACCCGGAUGUUUGGGAAAACCCGCUGGAUUUCACGCCGGAAAGAUUCCUGACGGAGAAGAACAAGAAAAUCGAUCCCCGCGGGAAUGAUUUCGAGCUGAUUCCGUUCGGAGCGGGGAGACGGAUCUGCGCCGGAACGAGGAUGGGGAUUGUGUUGGUGGAAUAUAUUUUGGGGACGCUAGUUCACUCCUUCGAUUGGGCGUUGCCGGCUGGUGAAAAGCUAAACAUGGACGAGGCAUUCGGAUUGGCGUUGCAGAAGGCGGUUCCGCUCUCCGCCGUAGUCCGCCCGCGGCUGGCUCCCAGUGCCUAUCUUUCCUGAGCACUUCCUUUGAUGGUGAAAAUGGUUUCUUGAAUCAUAUAAAAAAGCAUGAUGAUGAUGUGUUGUCUUAUUUUGGAAGGACUGCUUUGCUUUUAUAAUUUUAUGUUUUAAUUUUAAUUUUUUUUACUGUUUAUGUUCCACGUUUUUUUUUUUAAAAAAAAAAAAAACAUCGAGGUGGAAUUCGAAUUCCACAAGUAUCAAGUUUCGUAUGAUAAAUCCUUUAUGAGGGU